UUCUGUUGGCUGCACAAGGACCACAAUUUAACGAAAUCAGAUAAUCAGUCUCUUUUUAUCAACUAUAUAUCUCAAUGAUUGCGUUUUAACUCCCGAUAAGAAUAGAAAGAGAAACCUUGAUGUGUGGGUUAAAAUCUGUAAUACUCUAUCUACGCAUAUUGGAGUAACAGUCUCCCCUCUGCCCUCCCUCCCUCCCUCCCUCCCUUGUGUUGUGUUUGUACCCUGUUUUGUACAUUGUGCUGGUCAGUUAUUUUGGUGCAAUGACAAAUUAAACCGAAUUAGAGCGAUUGAGACGGGCUCUUCCGCCGGACAGUCCGAUCACAGCGGAUUUCUGCGGAGAUCUUCAUUCAUGUGAUGAAGUAACAGGCUCUGAAUGUCAAACUUUGUGACCUGCAUCGGAUGAGACCAGGACGAAAACUCGGUGGGAACAUUUCAAGAUCUGUGGAUUUCACUUGAAGAUCAACAUGAAGUUCGCGCAGAUCAUGCUGAAGAACAGCUCAAAGCUGAACAUACCUAAACAAGUGGACAGAUUCUCAAAGUACUCUCCGACCCCGCUCUCAAUGAAGCAGUUCAUUGACUUUGGAUCUGCCAAUGCCUGUGAAAAGACCUCCUUCGUGUUUUUAAGGCAAGAGCUUCCUGUCCGGUUAGCCAACAUCAUGAAGGAGAUCGACUUCCUCCCGGACAAAAUGCUCAGCACUCCUUCACUGAAGCUGCUUCAAAGCUGGUAUGCACAGAGUCUGAUGGAGCUUGUUGACUUUUUGGAGAAAGACCCUGAUGAUAAAAUCAUCCUAACUAAAUUCACAGAAACACUGAUCAAUGUCAGGAACAGGCACAACAAUGUGGUGCCCACCAUGGCCCAGGGAGUGCUGGAGUACAAGGAGGCCUUUGGCGUGGAUCCCGUGACCAAUCAGAACGUCCAGUAUUUUUUGGACCGCUUCUACAUGAGCCGAAUCUCCACACGCAUGCUGAUGAAUCAGCACACGUUAAUCUUUGAUGGCAGCACAAAUCCAGCCCACCCCAAACACAUUGGCAGUAUCGACCCAAACUGUGAUGUUGUGGAGGUUGUAAAAGAUGCCUGUGAGAGUGCCAAGAUGCUGUGUGAUCAGUACUACUUGACCUCUCCCGAAGUGGAAAUCAAACAAGUGAACUUUGAAGGACCCAGUGACCUUAUACAUAUAGUUUAUGUGCCUUCUCAUCUGUACCACAUGCUCUUUGAGCUCUUCAAGAAUGCAAUGAGAGCAACUGUAGAAACCCAUGAGACCAGCCUACAUCUCCCACCAAUCAAAGUGAAAGUUUCUCUAGGAAGAGAAGAUCUGACUGUCAAGAUGUCUGACAGAGGAGGUGGGGUUCCUUUGAGGAAAAUCGAAAGACUUUUCAGCUACAUGUAUUCAACUGCACCGAGUCCUGUGGCAGAAAACGGGCGUAAUGCUCCCCUGGCUGGUUUUGGCUAUGGUCUUCCUAUUUCCCGCCUUUAUGCCAAGUACUUCCAGGGAGAUCUUCAGCUCUACUCUAUGGAGGGAUACGGCACAUCAGCAGUCAUAUACCUGAAGGCCUUAUCCACUGAAUCAAUAGAAAGGCUUCCUGUCUUCAACAAGUCAGCCUUAAGGCAUUAUCAGACGAGCACAGAAGCGGAUGACUGGUGCAUCCCAAGCAGCGAGCCCAAAAACCUGGGAAAGUACGAGUACAGUGUUGAGAGGAAGGAGAAGCUCACACGAUAAACACAAGGACUGAACAGGGCUGUGAACUAUAGUGGAGUUCAUUUAGGUAACCAUGUAUGUGACUGUGGAGGUAUUUCAGAAGCAUGGUAUUAUCAAAGGGUUAAUAAUUGACUUCAUGAAUGUUACAGUCUGAAUAACAAGGGCAUUUUUGUCUUCCAAAUCUCACGUUGCUUAUAAUACACCAUGCACUUAAUUUGCGGUGCUAACUUUUUCGUUUAGAGUUUCACAACACAGAGAAACAUUUUAACUCUUCUUCUGUGAUGUUAGAGACUUCAGUCAAAUAUACUGAAGCUGAUUAGUCGUUUAAGCAUGUGUUGAUUCCUACACAUUACCACAGAUUUGAACUGAUUUGUAAGUGUGUUUUGAGUAUGUGAACUUGUGUUUUAGUAAGUGGGGCCAAGUCACCAGCUUUGUGUAAGUUAUAGCAUGUAUCUCUAGCACAUAUUUGGGAGAACACACAAGCAUCUGAAAGUAACCAAGGCUUUAUAUAUUUCCUUGGUUAAAUUGCAUUCACAAUGCAAACAUUAGAAUGAUCAUAGUUGUGUGUUUCUUGAUUGUGAUUUUGAAAUGUUCCUCAGUUGGACCUACUGUAUAACACUCCAUUUAGUUUUGAGUGUAAAAAAUGUGAUGCUAUCAAGGAGGCCAAAUCAUUUCACUGUAUACAUGAUGAAAUCCAAGUAACUUCACUGACAUUAAACACCAUGAAUUUAAUUUGACACUCUAUCUAAUAUGUAAUAAUAAUAGAUUGAGUUGUGUCAGAAGAUACCGACAAAGUAAGUUUGGGCCCAGGUUCAUUUAUUUAAAGCAACAAUAUGUAACUUUUUCUGUGUUCAAAAUUUGCAAAAUGUAUAUAAUGCGCAAGUACAUCAUAAAUUCAUCUACCAAACCACUACGGUACAUUUAUAAUAAGUAAUUAUUUUUGGACUAUUGUAGCCUGUUCGGGUCGUCACAGCUGCGGAGUAACACAUACCUGCGUGAAUCGCCAUAGACAUAAACUUGGAGAAGUAGCUCCGGUUAGAAUGUUCUUCCGCGGGAUGCGUGCAGUUCUGUUUAUUAACCGCUAGAGCGCUAAAAUGUACAUGUUGUUGCUUUAAAACUGGCUAGAUGGAUUAGACAGUGUUGCUUUUUGUUAUGUGUGAAGCUUUUUAUGACCACAAAAAUGUAUGAUCUUUGUGACAACAGCUUCUGGGUGAACAUUUCAGGUAUUCUGAUAUG